AUGAAAACGAGGCAGCACAUGACAGCAGAACAAUCCCAAGACCACCCCCAGCAACAUCAACAUGACAUCCCAUCUUCCCAUGCCAUCCGCUCGUACACCUCAGCGUUAAUAAACGCCAGCACCGACAUGGAAACCGGCACCGAAACGGUACACGGCACCAGUGAGUGCGUGUGCAACGCCAAAUAA